CGCCGCGCCGUAGGUCAGGCUGCACGCCGCCGGCUGCCAUGGCGAACGUGUCCGAGCGGACGCUGCAGUUGUCUGUGCUGGUGGCCUUCGCGUCUGGAGUGCUCGUGGGCUGGCAGGCGAACCGGCUGCGGAGGCGCUACCUGGACUGGAGGAAGCGGAGGCUGCAGGACAAGCUGGCGGUGACUCAGAAGAAGCUGGACUUGGCCUGAGACCGCGCG